AUGGCGGACACGGCGGCGCCAGAGGCCGAGUGCAACACGUCGGUGCUCUCCGACAUCACCCUGCUCAUUCAUUGCCGGCAGAAGCCCCACAUAUGUCAGUUGCGGCGCAGGUUGAUGGAGUCCUACUCGACUUUUUUUCGCAAAGUGGUGGUCCUCUUGCGACACUUCAAAGGGGCCUGGCCUGGCACUCGUCCAUGUGAAGAGGGACCUGGCGAUCCGCAUUUCUGCGUCGCGUCGGAGAUGAGCACGUCAACCGCCCGAGGCAUCAUGUAUAUGCAGUUUGAUGUUGCCCUUUCUCCUUGCGGUAUGGGCCGCAUCUUGGACGCCUCCAUGCUGGGCAGCUUCUCUUCCUGGAAGUACAAGACCUUUGAAGAUUGCGAGCGCUGCCGGAAAAAUCCACGCCUGAGAUGCCACUGGGGCGCAUGGCAGGGGCCGUCUACAAAAACGCAGCUGCUGAGCACGGUCCACGAUCUGGAGAUGGUCCAGGUGCCAGGCAGCUGGCAGGCUCUCGAGGAGGAGCGCGCCAAGGCAUUCGAGAAGCUGCGCCAGGGCCUGCUGGGAGGGAGCUCGGACCUCCUCUACGUGCCACGGGAGGCCUUCUCGGUCUUCGUGGACUACGCCCGCAUAUUCAAGAAGUGGGAAGUGGACAUGGAGAUCGUUCAGCCGACCAUGCUGACGCUGCUUCCCUUGGUCACAGGAGUUGGCUUUCAGAACUUUCAUUGCGCAGGUAGCUGCUGCCAGUGGGUGCGCAAGAAGCAGAUCCUUUCCCGAGACUUCGUCUGCGGACAUCGGGUGGACCUCGCGAAUCCCGAGUCGCUGGGAGCCAUCCUGAGUCUCACCACGCGGACGUCGCGUCAGCCUGUGAGAGAAGGACGUCCCAAAAACGCAGCGCGAUGGAAUCCCCGGCCUUGGGGGAAGAGGCGGUCUCCUGCAAAGGCGAAGGCCGCGAAGGAGCCUGCACCUAAGACCUUCUUGGGCCAGACGCCGACUUCGGUUUCCUGGGAAGGACCGCGGCCACCAUCGCAGGACGUCGCAGAUCAGACGGCCACAGGAGCGCUGAGCUGGGCCAACGAUUCUUCGAGAUCAUGGUCAGGGCAGAGCUUCCCAGCCCUGGGUUACAUGGAACAAAGCAUUCCUGCGGAGCUGGCCGGUGCUGUUGCAACGCUGCUCAUGAUUCUGGCUCUGAGAUUGUGUGCUGGGAAGCCCAGUGGUACCCUUGUUCCCUCUUUCUAG